AUGCCCUUUGCACAGCUGGUUAUCGGGCCCCCGGGCGCGGGCAAGUCUACAUACUGCAAUGGCAUGCACCAGUUCCUUGGCGCUAUUGGUCGCAAAUGCUCCGUCGUUAAUCUCGACCCCGCUAACGACAAGACCUCUUACCCGUGUGCGCUGGACGUGCGCGAUCUAGUGACACUCGAGGAGAUUAUGGAUGAGGAUAAGCUGGGACCCAAUGGAGCUACGCUUUAUGCUCUUGAGGAGCUGGAAGAGAACUACUCCUGGUUAGAGGAAGGGCUGAAGGAGCUUGGAGAGGACUAUGUUCUAUUCGACUGCCCCGGCCAAGUCGAGCUUUUCACGCACCAUGCAUCACUGCGGAAUAUCUUCUUCCAGCUCCAGAAAAUAGGCUACCGACUAAUAGUUAUCCACCUCGUCGACUCCUACACCCUCACUCUCCCUUCAAUGUAUAUAUCCGCUCUCCUUCUAUCUCUUCGUGCCAUGCUCCAACUCGACCUCCCGCAUCUGAACGUCCUGACCAAAAUUGACAACCUAUCCAACUAUGCCGACCUCCCAUUCAACCUGGACUUCUACACCGAAGUACAAGACCUUUCAUAUCUCCUUCCACACCUGGAAGCCGAGUCUUCACGGCUUGCGAACACGAAGUUCGGCGCAUUGAAUCAAACCAUCAUCGAUCUAGUCGAGGAAUUCGGUCUCGUUGCCUUCGAAACACUCGCCGUGGAAGACAAGAAGAGUAUGAUGAAUCUUCUCAGAGCCAUUGACCGUGCAUCCGGGUAUGCCUUUGGCCCAGCCGAGGGCGCCAAUGAUACUGUCUGGCAAGUUGCCGUGAGAGAAGGAAUGGGCACUACAGAUGUGCGGGAUGUACAGGAGCGAUGGCUGGAUUCAAAGGAUGAGUAUGACGAUCUCGAGAGGGAGGAGUUGGAAGAAGUGGCCAAGAUGCACGAAGAGGCGAGUAAAGCCGCGAUGGCCGAGAAUGCUGCGAUGGGCGAGGGCGGAGCAGACGACGAGGAAAUGGAGAAAUGGGGCCCGCUACCGGAUAGCGGAGUAACCGUGCGACGAAAGGCAUGA